CCCGCUUCAGGUUCCAUUCCUCAUCACCAAGCCGAACCACAGAGCUCCCCCACACCCACAGCGGGGUGAAGCGAAUCGCAUCAAAUUCGACCGAAGAAUCGCGCCGCUCGGCCCGGCCACCAUGAGCUUCUCGUCCAUGAGCAAGCAGCAGGUGCUGGACGCCGGUGACGGGGAGGGGGAGGAGGUCAUGGAGCUCAUCCCGGGCCUGCCGGAGGAGGUGGCCGAGAAGUGCCUCCUCCACCUGCCCUUCCUCUACCACCGCCUCUUCCGCACCGUCUCCUCCACCUGGAACCGCUUCCUCACGGACGCCCUGGCCAAGCCACUGCUGUUCCCUCACGCGGCGGGGGCGGGGACCGCGGCCACGGGGUCGGUGCCCUUCCUCUUCGCCCUCGCCUUUGACCCCAUGUCGCGGCGCCUCCAGUGCCAGGCGCUCGACCGUUUCUCGAGGAAGUGGCUCCUGCUCCCGCCGGUGCCCGGCGGCGCCGCGGCCGGGUCGUUCGCGGUGGUGGGGCUCCCCCGCCGCGGCCAGAUCUACGUGAUUGGGGGCGUCGAGGAGGGCGGCGACAAGGCCGUGACGAGCGUGGCGGUGUACAGCGCCGCGCGGAACGGGUGGGAGGAGGCGGCGGCGAUGCGGACGCCCCGCGGGUACAUGGCGGCCGGGGAGGUGGGAGGGCGGGUGGUGGUGGCCGGGGAGGACGGCGAGGCGGAGGUCUUCGACCCGGAGGCCGGGCGGUGGUCGCCGGCCGCGCCGCGCCGCGGCGCCGCCGUGGCGCGGUACGACGCGGCGGCGGCGGGCGGGAAGCUGUACGUGACGGAGGGUUGGGCGUGGCCGUUCGAGCGCGCGCCGCGCGGCGCCGUGUACGACGCCGCCGCGGACUCGUGGUGCGAGAUGGCGCGCGGGAUGCGGGAGGGGUGGACGGGCUCCUGCGCCGUCGCCGGCGGCCGGAUGUAUAUCGUGGCGGAGUACGGGGAGUGGCGGCUGAAGCGGUACGACGAGGCCCGGGACGAGUGGCGGAUGGUGGCCGGCACCGGGGUGCCCCCCGAGGUGCGCCGGCCGCACGUGGUCGCUGGCGAGCUCGGGGAGGUCGCUGGCGGGAGGCGGAGGAUAUACGUCGUCGGCGCCGGGCUCGACGUCGCCGUGGGCACGGUUUCUGCCGCCGCAUCCGCCGCCGCCGCGGUACCCGGCGUCGAGGACGAAGUGGUGGAGUGGGAGGUGGUCAAGGGCUCCGCCGAGUUCGCCGGGAUGGCGCCCUGCAACGCGCAGGUCCUAUACGCUUGAGGCGCCGCCGGACCCCGCCUUCGGGUAGAACGUCCGCAAACCGAUGGUUCGGUACCAGUCGGCGCACCCACAGGGGUCCACCAGCCCCGUGCCGCAUCACGUCGCCGGCGAAGCGCAUACCUAGCCCACAUGUCAGUGGAACGCGACGGCUCCCGCUCCAUCGUCUCGCCGGCAGGAGCGAGUGGCUUGCUGUUCCUGUUCCUGCUAGGAGAGAAGUAUAUAGAUGACCCAGAAGAAACCAGAUGCGCAAACGCAGCUGCACAGGCUCGCAAGUCGCAACGUGGUGGUCUGGUGGACGAGUGUGUGAACCGUGAGCGAGCAUUGAUGGCACUAGAGAAAGGCUGAAAAAUCUUUUCUUCCAUGUGGGGCCGAGGAAGUGUGCAAGCAGUAGAACUUAUUUUUCUUUUCAGGCUUUUUUUUACCUGUGUAUAUUGGAUUUUGGUAAAGACUUUAUUUGCGUUCGUCGCAAUGCAC